CUCGCCACCUUGCAGCCCCGCGUUUCUUUGCUGGUAAUUUUUUUUUUCUUUUUUUUUUUUCUUUUUUUUUUUUGUUUUUGCAUCUGUCAGUGUUUCGCUGCUGGCCCUGACAGGUCCCGGCAACAGGGUGGGUUUCUCUUGGCAGCGCUGACGGCCCCGUCCAUGCCCAGCCCUUCGCGCGGUGCUGCCCGCUCGCUGCCGGCGAGGUAGGGGGCUGGCGGCCGCCUGCCCAGGGGAAUGUCCUGCGCCCGGAUUUUCUCCCGGGCAUCGCCAGGCGAGGACGGAUAAAGGCUGAGGUUUGGCGGCGGAAGAGCUGCUGGAGAUGCAGAGCACCCCAAACUACCUCUGGAGCACCGAGGACCUCCUGGGCCAGGGCGCCACGGCCUGCGUCUACAAAGCUCGCAACAAGAAAUCAGGGGAGCUGGUUGCUGUGAAGGUCUUUAAUAAUGCCAGCUACCUCCGGCCCCAGGAGGUCCAGAUGAGAGAGUUCGAGAUGCUGAGGAAGCUGAACCAUAAGAACAUCGUCAAAUUGUUUGCCGUGGAGGAGACGGGCAGCAGCAAGCAGAAGGUGCUGGUGAUGGAGUACUGCUCGAGCGGCAGCCUGCUCAACGUGCUGGAGGACCCGGCGAACGCCUUCGGCUUGGCCGAGUCCGAGUUCCUCAUCGUGCUGCAGUGCGUGGUGGCAGGGAUGAACCACCUCCGCGAGAACGGCGUUGUCCACAGAGACAUCAAACCCGGGAACAUCAUGCGGCUGAUGGGGGAAGACGGGCAGAGCGUCUAUAAGCUGACGGAUUUUGGGGCCGCCCGGGAGCUGGAUGAUGAUGAAAAGUUUGUGUCUGUCUACGGGACGGAGGAAUAUCUCCACCCGGACAUGUACGAGCGCGCCGUCCUGCGCAAGCCGCAGCAGAAGGCGUACGGCGUCACCGUCGACCUCUGGAGCAUCGGAGUCACCUUCUACCACGCUGCCACUGGCAGCCUCCCCUUUGUCCCCUUUGGGGGACCUCGCAGGAACAAGGAGACCAUGUAUAAAAUCACCACGGAGAAGCCCCCCGGAGCCAUCGCGGGGGUCCAGAGGCAGGAGAACGGGAGCAUCGAGUGGAGCUACGAGCUGCCCGUCACCUGCCGCCUCUCCACGGGGCUGAAGGACCAGCUGAUACCCAUUUUGGCUAACAUCCUGGAGGCGGAUCAGGAGAAAUGCUGGGGAUUCGACCAGUUUUUUGCGGAAACCAACGACAUUUUGCACAGGAUUGUGGUUGACGUCUUCUCCCUGCAGCAGGCUUCCUCGCAUCGCAUCUACAUCCACUCCUACAACACUACCACCAAGUUUUUGGAUGCUGUCUUCAAACAAACAAACAUAGUCCCUCACCACCAAGAAUAUUUCUUUGAAGGUCAUCUGUAUGAACUGGAUCCUAAUCUACAAGCUCAUAAUUUCUGCACAACCACAGAGCACAACCCUCUGACCUUGCUGAGCUCCGCUGAGCAGCCAGAAGAGGUGGUGGGAGUCAGAUACAGAGACCCGGCACUUGAGUUUCCCAAGUUUGUCCCCAAGGUGGACGUGGUGGCCGACUGCAGCGCAGCCAAGAGUGCGGUGGGCGCCGUGCACCAGACGCUGCGCAUCGCCCAGGCCCUGCGGCGCUGCCGGGAGCUGCUGGCCAAAGGUCUCCGCUGGGUGAUCGGGAACCUGAAAACGGAGUGCUUGAGGAUUUUGGAGCAGAGGAGAGGGGCUCACGCGGUGCUCAGCUGCCUGCAGGUCACUGAGGUGAAGACCCUCGUGCUGUACGAGGCUGUUCCUGCAGGCAGCGGGGUGCCGGCUCUGAAGGAUGUGGCCAUGGUGAAGACAAGGCUGCAGAGGGUCGCCGAGGAGCUCUCUCAGUGCUCCCACAACAUCUUCGACUUGCAAGGGGCGCUGGACGGGAUUUUGGCCGAACUGGUGAAGCACAGGCAACAAGUGCACGAAGACAAAAGCAUCCGGCAGAUCGAGUGCUGCCUGGAGAAGAUGCAGCUGAUCUACAAGCAGUUCAAGAAGGCCAGGACGUCUCUGCGGCUGGGCUACAACGAGGAGCAAAUACACAAGCUGGAUAAGGUGAAUUUAGGGCAUCUGGCCAGGAAGGUCCUGUUGAUUUUCCAGGAGGACUGUGUCCAGCGGUACCAGGAGGCCCUGGCCCUCCAUGGCACCAGGAUGAGGAAAGUUUGUGAGGUAAAGAAGCAUCUGAAGAGGCUCAGCAACCACAUCAGCGCCUGCAGCGUGGAGACGAUGGAGUGCCAGGACUGCCUGCAGAGCGCUCUGGACAGGUUUCUCCAGAUGGAGAAACAGAAUCCGGCCCCGGUUCCUCCCGCACCUUCCCUCGUCCAUCUCAGCCAGGCACGCCAGGAGAUGGCUUUUCGGAUGCAGGAGCUCCUGGAGCAGAUGAGGUCAGUAACUUGUGAUCUCCAGUUCAACAACAGCAUCAUCGAGCGGUUAAGUGGGGCUGCCCCCACUCCCGGUAUUUGAGAGACGUGGUGAAUUUGCAGCUGCUGAAGCUAAACCGCUUUCCACAGCAGGGAACACUUACAGCACUUUGCGUCCAGAGCGAUGGAGGCGUUUGACGUUCGUGUUUGAGGAGCUCUCUGUGUCCUACCUCUCCGCUCCAGCACUUUUGCACAGUUCACCAGCAUUAGCUUUGAGUGGCUUGCAAGCCUUGAGCCUUCGGAAGUUUGACCAGAAAAUUGGGGUUAUUUUUUUUCCUUUUAAAAAGUGCUUGAAGGACUUCAUGUUUUUCUAGCUUCUCUGUAUCACCAUGUCGGAUGAUGAAGAGGAAGAGGCUAGACAGAUAAAUUAUCUUUUGCUGUCUUACUUAUUUAGAGAUUACUCCCACUUUUUAACGUACUUCUGCCCCCUGAGGCUCCGUGGAGCGGGGAGGUGCCCAGGGCAGGAGGGAUGCUGUGCCUGAUGGGUGAGAGACCGGAUCCAGCCCGGGAUGGUCCCAGUGCUCUGCCGUGGGUGCUCCAGCCUCUCCUCCUGCUCCUCCAGCCCAGCCCCGGGUUUGGGAGUGGGAAGUCGCGGGAGGCUUCUCUUUUUUUGGUACAUUUCUAUAAAUGUAACAAAGUUCUGUGUUUAUGCACGUGGGGGUGUGUGCCUUCUCCAAACAACCCUGUACUGAAACUGUGCCUCCAGCCGCCUAGCCUGGGGGUGCUACUAAAUGCCGAGGCAAAAUCACAGACGAAAGGGCUCCCACGAGCCCCCUCCAGACACAGCUCUGCAAGAGGA